UAAUUAAUAGAACUUCAAAUUUACUAAUAGAUCAGAACAAUAAACAAAUCACUACCAAUCACAUCUUCGAAAAUAGAAUCAAUAAUAUAUCAAACAAUAUUGUAAUGACACUUAGAAAUUUUGAUGUAACAGCUAAAGAAACACGCACUUAUUUCGAUUCAUUGAACCUUCUGUUCAACAUUGACGAGCUCAUUAAACAUUUAGAAUACAUAGAAGAAGCUAUAGAUUUGGCCAGGCAAAGUAUUCCUAGCAGUCGGCUCAUUAGCUACCAAGAGAUGAAGACAGCAAAGCAGAUCCUUCUUCGAAGCGGACUAGAAACAACAAUCGUAGAAAAUGUUCUGGACAUCUCGAGCGCCUACGUCAUGUACAGUAAAGAAACCAUCAUAUACAUACUGAAAAUACCCAAAAUAAAAAACGCGGAGUACACUAUGAACUUCGUGGAGUCAAUAAUUUCCAACCAAACAAGAAUUCAUCUAACAUCAACCUAUUACCUGAACGGUCCAAUAGUAUAUAGUACAAAAUCACAAUGCCCCAAAUACAAACACAUUUAUAUCUGUCCAAGCUCACAACUGGAGCCAGUGGUAGAAUGUGUGCAACAAAUAAUUAAAGGUGAAAACGCACAAUGUCCUACAGAACGAGUGUACAACAGUAAAACCAUCAGAAAAAUCAACGAAGGAAAUAUACUGGUAAACGAUGCGAAUGUAGUGUUAACAUCCAACUGCUCCAAUCAUCAACGAGAACUGAAAGGCACAUUCCUCAUACAAUUUUCCAGUUGUAUGCUAAAACUAGACGGGGAAGAGUUCUCCAACAGUAAUCUAGAAAUUUCGGCAAAGUCAUUCAUACCGACCACUGGAGUGAAGAAAAUCUCCACUGGAACCUCAAAACUUUUGGAUGGUUAUCAUUUGGCGGCAUAUCAUCUAUAUCUAUAAGCCUAAUCAUAUUCAUUGCAGUAUGGGCCCUCAAAGUAAUCAUCGCUCGCAGGUCAGCACUAGUAAUUCUACAAGAUGGGAACAGAGAAGAUACGAGUUCAGCACAUGCAACAACAGGCGGACAUCCCGAGGUGCCAUUCAUACC